AUGUUCCCAUCACACAAAAAAAUGACAGUUGAUUUGAUUUAUGCCUUUCUCUUUCCGACUAUGUGCACCAAUGCGGGUAACGAUGUCCAAGGCAGGCGCCUGCGCCCCAUGGACUAUCAAACGGAGCUCAAGCGCAAACAGGACCGAAACGCGAAAGCCAAGGCACAUAUGGCCAGAAAGCGGGCCGCUCUUAAAUCUGCUGCACCAGAAAUACAGAAACGAGUAGCUGAACGGACUCGCCUGUAUCGCAAACGGUAUCGAAAACGGCGACGUGACACGUUGCUUGAAGGUGAGGCGAAGCAACGAAGUAACACGGAGGGACACUGGGAUGGCGCAGUAGAGUACUGGAGUCGGUUUUGGCCAAACCACCCACACUUCCCUCCCGUCAUGCUGGAUUACGCGCGAUCAUCAUUUCUUCUCCCUCCUCCUCCGCACCUGCUGGAUCCUUCGAUGUUGGCAUGCCCCAUUCCUCCCUUUCCUCCCCAAGUACCACUGCUAGAUUUCAUGUAUCCUUUGCGCCCCCCCUCAUUAGAUCAUCUGUCCCUCGCUUUAUCUCCCACUACUUAG